AUGCCGGUCAACCCCUCUCACGUCAAUCCGCUCGAUUGCAAUGAGGUAUCCGAACAAUGUCCCGUCGAGGCCUCGAUAUAUGGAUAUUAUCCGGCUCUGGGAUCGAACGCCUUUUUCAGCGCCCUCUUUGGACUUUGCUUCAUUAUCAAUCUUGGCCUUGGCUGGCGCUAUAGGACGUGGUCAUACAUGACUGCCAUGACCCUUGCCUGCAUAUCUAGCUGCAUCGGCUACGUUGGUCGAUGUCUCAUGCACCGCAACCCCUACGACUCUGUCGGCUUCGAGAUUCAGAUUUGUUGCCUCACUUUUGCUCCUGCAUUCAACGCUGCAGCGAUCUAUCUGAUAUUGAAACAUCUGGUCUUACAGAUUGGGAGGCAGUGGUCGAGAAUCAGACCGAAAUAUUACACUUGGGCCUUUAUCAUUGCCGACUUUCUUGCCCUGACUUUACAAGCAGCUGGUGGUGGCAUAGCAGGGUCCGCUGGAGACGACGAGAGCUUUCGAGAUGUUGGAGACAGACUCAUGAUCACUGGUAUAUCAUGGCAGGUCCUGACUCUUCUAAUAUUUGGAGUGGCCACAUCGGACUACUCAUUAAGGCGAUUCAGAUCUCAGCCGCUAUCCGAAUCCACUCAGGCCUUAGUGCACGAUUUGAGGUUCAGGGUCUUUGUUGUGGCACAAUUGAUUGCCUACGUGGCCAUCUUGAUUCGAUGCGUCUACCGAGUCGCGGAGAUGGCCAAUGGUUGGCGUAACCCAAUCAUGCAGAAUCAAGGCCUCUUUAUCGGACUUGACAGUGUACAAAUUGGCGUCGCCACGAUCCUUCAGACAUUUAUUCACCCAGGGUGUUUCUUCCCAGCACUCGCAGACUACGGGGAACGGAAGAAGGCACGAAAGACAAGCAAUGUCACCGAGGAUGCGAUCCACAGUGAGAGUCACAUGGACAAGGCCAUGGUUUAG